GGCGCAAAGGCGCAGAAGAGAGAGGGUGCGCAUUUUAGCAAACCCACCAUUGUCGGAGCAGCUUCGCUUGCGCCUUGCGGGUGGUGAACCGAUCAAGGUUACCUGGGGAUUGGAAUGGCGGCUCCACCGGCGAGGGCACGGGCCGAUUACGAUUACCUCAUCAAGCUCCUCUUGAUCGGCGAUAGCGGUGUGGGAAAGAGUUGCCUCCUUUUGCGAUUCUCAGAUGGUUCGUUCACAACGAGUUUUAUCACCACAAUUGGCAUAGAUUUUAAGAUAAGGACUAUAGAGCUUGAUGGAAAAAGAAUCAAGCUUCAAAUAUGGGAUACUGCUGGUCAGGAGCGGUUUCGUACAAUCACCACUGCUUACUAUCGAGGAGCCAUGGGUAUUUUGCUGGUUUACGAUGUGACUGACGAAUCAUCUUUCAACAACAUAAGGAACUGGAUUCGCAAUAUUGAACAGCAUGCGUCUGACAAUGUUAAUAAGAUACUGGUUGGGAACAAAGCUGACAUGGACGAAAGCAAAAGGGCUGUGCCAACCGCCAAGGGCCAAGCACUUGCUGAUGAGUAUGGAAUUAAGUUCUUCGAGACUAGUGCUAAAACAAAUCUUAAUGUGGAACAAGUGUUCUUUUCGAUAGCGAGGGAUAUAAAGCAGAGGCUUUCAGACACAGAUUCUAAGGCUGAGCAUCCUUCAACAAUCAAGAUUAACCAACCGGACCAAGCAUCUGGAGCUGGUCAGGCUGCACCGAGAUCUGCUUGCUGUGGCUCGUAAAGAUGCAAGGAGUGGGAGCUUGUGAUGGCUUUGACACUGGCUUGAAAAGGGAGAAAUGGCAAAGGGGAAAAACUAAUUGUGAUGACAAGAUCACGCGGUGUUUGUAAUUUCCUAAUUGUGAUUCUUUCCAGAUGGACUUAUAGUGUGUGGAAAGUAGGUUCUCGAAUUCUAAAACAUUUUUACCUUGUGGCGGCAGACGAAUGUGUUUAUUCUAUAUGGCCGACGUUCCCUCU